AAUUCUUUUUUCGCGAUGUCUUCUACGCAGUUUAGUCCUUGUAGAAUCAAUCGCGCAAGUGGAAAGCAGCGUCGACUAGUUGAAAGAAGUAACUGUUAUUGCGUGGAAUUGGGAGUCACAAAUGGCAAGGAUACCGAACUCAGUUGCAAAUUCUUUAGAGAUCAACCUCUCGUUGCUCCAGGAUCAUCAGACCCUGAUGAAAAUUACUUGUCCUUCAUGGUUAAGAAUGUUUUUUCGGUGUUCGAGAAUGCGGUAAUCUUAAAAUAUUCAGAGACAAAAGGCGCCUUGACUCGCAUAAUCGGGACAUGUGCUACCAAUUACCAAAUACCACUAUGGUGCACAAUCAUGUGCUUCAAUUUUGCAUCUGGUUCAAAAAUAUGAUUUUGCAGUUUCCCAUAUGGCUAAUAUAGUUGCUUUGGGUUGAAAAGA